ACAGCUGUAUUGAACUAAUUGCACUGCCUCCUCCUCAUGGUCUCAACUUGAUGGGUUUUUGAUCUCUGAUUGGCACACACUUCAAUUUUCCUCGUGGCUUGGUUGCUUGAUUUAGCUUUGUUGGUAUCCUUGUAAGAGUGGAAUAAUACUUGUGUAUGGCACAUAAGAGGAAUGCCACUUUCAACAGCUCCUUAGGCGUGUGUGUGAAUCAUUUGGGUAUGAUGCAUAGCUUGUUUUGAAGCCUAUCCAUAGAGAAGACCAGUGCUAGCUUCAACUUUGUUUCUUGUUCUUUAUAUUUUAAUUUGGUUGUUGUUCUAUUGCACUUCACCUAGAUCAUUGAUGGAUAUUAAUUUAAUGAUCUUGUGAUGGUCACCAUGGUCCUAAGGUAUGGAAUGCAGGCCAAGUUAUCUCAAAUGGCUUUCCUUUUGUCCUUGUUUUGUUGAUUCAGAUAUUUUCAAGUUAUCUCAAGUUACCUUUCCUGUUCUAGCUAGUCCAGGUUUCUUAGACCUAGAAGAUUGCAGAGAAGGUUUAUUCAUGUUCUUGAUGCUUGUUUUAUGGGUGAAGUUAGCAGGAAACAAUCCAACUUGUGUAGCAUCAUCUUGGAUGGUUUAGACAUGUACAGGGAAAGUCAUGGAAGACACUAGUAAAGAAAACUAGAUUGCAUGGUUUUCAUUUUGGUGAAAAGGAGCAAAGGGAGAUCAAGAAGUACUUGAGCAAAAGUCGUUAAGGGAGGUUAAGGGAGAUCUCAUGGUAAAUAAUAUUCUUAAAGCUUUAGUUUUUAACCAAGUUGAACGGCAUCAAGUUAUGAUCUAUGUAGCCGACUUCGCUUAAUGGAACAAGACUUUGUUGUUGUUAUUUUCUUAAUAAUUACUCCAUGAUUGGUGGCCGAUUGCUAAUGCUAUUGUUGGUUAAGAUUUGUGGAAGUGGAGGAAUCUUUAGCUCGUCAACUACCAAAGGUAAAUAACAACUUUGUUAUAUACCAGUCCUCUGGGAAGUGAACUUAAAUCUAGCACUGAGAUUCUUCUUAUAGUUCAUGAUCUAUUUACUUUCUCCUCUGAUACUUUGUUUCACUCUUUUGUAACGUUUGUUUAAUUUAUAUGAUGCUAAGUGCAGUUUGUGUGUAACAACACUAACCUCCCUCUCAAUAGAAACUUAAUCUAAUGAGUGCCAGAGAGAGUAAGAGUUAAUCUUGGUUAUAUAGUGACAGAUGAUUCUUAACUCCGUACACAUGAAUCUUACCUAAUGAAUCAUCAGAUAUUAAUUGCCCAUAUAUUUAUUUUAUGAUAAAUCAUCUUGUUUACUGGUGGUAGCUCUUAUGCAAAUUUUAUUUCAUUUAAGCUACUUUGUUCUUUCAUUUUAUUUAAACCACAUGAUAGUUUGUUUCUACAACAAUAUGAUUUCUUUCCCACAGAUUUAGGAAGUGUUUCAAGAGAUUCUACUUGCUGUAAAGUCAUACUUAUUUCCGUUCGUUGACAAUACUAAUUUCUAUCUACCACUUCACAUAUUGAUACACAUAGCAUACAGGCCAUAUUAUUAUAAAUGUUUUUUUUUGGGCUUGUCUCAAAUUCUGAUUUUGAUAUAUACCCAUGAUCUUAAGGCCCAGUUAGUAACAGGCCGUUUCUAUGCCCUCCCAAAUUGUUAAUGGAUUUUGUAUUAACGGAAGGAAUAGGCUGGGCAAGGCUGGGAUGGACCGGGCCUUAGCUGGUCCAAUCUAUGAACUGAAUUCUUAUUCACUUUUGAUAUAAGUUGUAGACUUAUUAGUUCAAACAGAGAAACAUGUGCUAUUGGUUUUGGUUAAUCUACACACUGUUAACACAAACAGGCCCAUAGAACAUAACCACGGUAGGUGUAUAUGUGUGCCUAACAAAAUUUGUCUCUGUUGUUUAGGACAAGGUCUUAAAUUGUAGUUGCAUUGCUCUUCUUGUUGGUAGUAAAAUUGCUGAAAAUUGCAGAGGUAACUGCAAUUGUGGUCACAAUCCCUUACACUGUCGUUUCACUUUGAUCAUAAGAAAACAAAAACACUAAGUGACACAAGUAGUCACAUUCAUCAUUGCACCAUGUGGUAUUGAUUCCAUUGGUAGUUGGUAUCUGUUAAUAUCAUUGCUAAAAAGACCAAUUCCUUUUGCAUUAUUGAAGGCGUAGGUUUGUACUUAGUAUGUUCUGUUGCUCUAACGUGUCAAUAUUCAGAUGGUACAAAAUUGGAGAUGUGACAACCAGGUUUGUCUUUAAUUAUAUAUGCUGAUCAAGUUCUUCUGUAUUUUACACAUGCUAUAAAAGAGUCUUCUUGUUCAUUAUAGAAGUAAUGUAUCAAUAAUAAUGCUUGUUGGCACAUAAUGUUUAUUUCAAAUCUGAGCUAAUAAGUGAGUAGCAUAAUCUAUAAACAAUGAUGUUUGUACCAAGAGGAUUCACUCAGUUAGUUGAAAAUAAUGCGUGAGUUAUUAGUAUUUAUUUUGAAUUCCUACAAAUAAAAAAACAAUGAUGUUUGUUUCAAAGCUAUCCCAUAUAGACAUGUGGCAUGAUCCAUCUAUAAUGAUGUUUAUUUUAAAAGUCUUUGAUAGAAGAUUAGCAUAAUCUAUCAAUGACAAUGUUUAUUUUAAAACUUUGUGAUAGAAGAAAGGCAUAAUCUAUCAAUAAUAAUGUUUUGAAAACUGUACCAUAGAAGAGACAUUGGACUGAGUCACUUUCCAAUAUCAUGCAUAAAAUCUGGCUGAAAUUCAUGAAAGCUGCAUUUCACGGUUAAUGUGUCCUUACAGUACCAAUAAUGUUGUUCUAAAGCAGAACACAAACUUUAUUGGUUCUGAUCUGAACCACACACUCAUCCAUCACAUAGUAUCAUAGCCUCUCAAUAAUUCAAUUGCUCGUUCCUGGAAACCUGUGUGGUGAAUCUCAACCGCACACAUCAUGCUACCUUAUCAUCUUUAUUAACCGUUCAUUUCCUAGCCAGUUUCACACACCCCACUGAACUCACUCACUGGAAGCCUUGUUGUGAGUAAGGGAAAGGCUUCCUGCACUGAGCACCAAGUUGAAACCUCUUGAUUCUUUGCUUAGAAUUCCACAGAAUAUGGAGACUGUUCUUUUCAAUGACUCCCCACCUUUGGAGUUCAAGGGUAUGAGCAAGGAGGAGGAAGACUCAUUGCUAGGGCAAGUUGAAAUAUGGAGGUACAUGACAUGCUUCACGGACUCCGUGGCCUUGAAAUCCGUCAUAGAGCUGCGCAUAGCCGACAUAAUAGACCGUUAUGGGAAACCACUAUCCUUGUCACAAAUCGUGGAGAACAUAGAUGAUGCACCCUCCCCAGAUGCCUCUCUUCUACAGAGAGUGAUGAGAGUGAUGGUACGUAGAAAGAUCUUCAGUGCAGAACAAUCAGAGACUGGAGAGACCCUCUACGGCUUGACACGUGCCUCGAAGUGGAUCCUCCGCGACACAAAAAUGACCCUAGCACCCAUGUUGCUGCUGGAGAACCACCCAAUUCACCUGAACCCUGCUCACUACAUUAGUGAGAUUAUUAGAGAAGGCACUAAAAAUGGCACUGCUUUCUUUAAGUGCCAUGGCCAUGAGCAAUUUGAGAUGACAGGUUUGGACCCUGAGUAUAAUAGAUUGUUCAAUGAGGGCAUGGUGUGCACUGCUAGGGUUGUGUCCAAGGCUGUGAUCACUGGGUACAAAGAUGGGUUCAACCAGAUUAAGUCCUUGGUUGAUGUUGGAGGUGGCAUUGGAGGGUCUCUUUCUGAGAUUGUUAGGGCUUAUCCUCACAUCAAUGCCAUCAACUUUGACUUGCCUCAUGUGGUUGCCACUGCUCCUAAGUAUGAUGGAAUCACCCAUGUUGGAGGUGACAUGUUCGUGUCCAUUCCAGAUGCUGAUGCUAUUUACAUGAAGUGGAUUCUGCAUGACUGGAGCGACGAGCACUGCGUCAAGAUCUUGAAGAACUGCAGGAAGGCAAUACCUGAGAAAACAGGGAAAGUGAUCAUCGUUGAUCACGUGCUGCGGCCCGAAGGCAACGAACUCUUCACCGACGUUGGCAUUGCAUUUGACAUGAUGCUUCUCGCUCACAACGCCGGCGGCAAAGAGAGGACGGAAGAGAACUGGAAGUGGCUGUUCAAAGAAACAGGUUUCGCCCGUUACAACAUCAUCAAGAUCAACGCUCUUCCUUCCAUCAUUGAGGCGUUUCCAAUCUAACGAAGAGGAAGCCACUACACUUCAUGUGCGUGGUUUUAUGUUGCAUGUGUUGUUAUUAUUAUUAACAGCUAUGUGAUCUUCGUGUGAUGUGGUUUUCAUCCCUACCCGUGUUAUGUUUGUGUAUUAAAUAAAAGUAUGAAGCGCCCCACCACCAAGUAAUAUGGGUUAUAUACGUGUUCCAUAUAUACCAAGAGAGUGGUGCGUGGUUGUGAAGAAUCUAUAUAUUGCUAUUAAUGAAUGAGUACUUUGGUGUGCAAAA